AUGGCCUCCUGGAUCCGAAGUAACAUAAACGUGGAGCUCUUGAACAAGUCCCUGUCCAGGAUGAGAGCCGUGGACUUGCAGAUGCUCUCCCUUGGAAUGGAGAUGCCUCCAACGAAAGCUAGCUGGGUGACCUUCUUUAUUUACACCCUGAUGAUUGUGGCAUUCUUCUUCAAAUCACUAGCCAUGCCUUCGUUCUUCAGCCGUAUCCUACUCCUUUUAUUCUAUUCACCGAAUUUUCUUAUAGUAUCAAUUGAGGACUGUAUUGACAGGAUCAAUUCCUUACUGCAACUUCGUUUCGAUGCUAUCGAACAACACCUAUUACAGUGUAUCAAAAUGGACGGGAAGAACGCUGUUAAAGUUUUGGAAACACUGAUCCUCUGCCACGAUCGGCUCAGCAAUGCCUCAGAGGAGAUCGAGGAAUACCUUUGGGUCCAAGUAACUUCGGUUUUGGCUGUUUUUUUCCUUGCAUCAUUUUGUGAUACUUACGCUGUUUCACUUUUGUACAAUGAUGACUCUUUUCCACAUAAGGGCCUCAGUGCUAAUUUAUUUAUCUUCUUGUGCACGUUUUACUUUAUUCGUUCAAAACUCAACUACAACACCUGGUACUGCAAUCUGACUUCCCUUUAUUAUACGGCUACAGCGUUUUGCAUUAUGGCCUCCUGGAUCCGAUGUAACAUAAACGUGGAGCUCUUAAACAAGUCCCUGUCCAGGAUGAGAGCCGUGGAUUUGCAGAUGCUCUCCCUUGGAAUGGAGAUGCCUCCAACGAAAGCUAGUUGGGUGACCUUGUUUCUUUACACCCUGUUGACUAUUGCAUUUUUCAUCAAAGCUAUGCUCAUGCCUUCCUUCUUCAUCCGUAUCCUAGGCCUUUUGUUCUUUUCACCGUAUGUUCUUAUAAUAUCAAUUGAGGACUGUAUUGACAGGAUCAAUUCCUUACUUCGACUUCGUUUCGAUGCUAUCGAACAACACCUAUUACAGUGUUUCAAAAUGGAUGGGAAGAACGCUGUUAAAGUUUUGGAAACACUGAUCCUCUGCCACGAUCACCUUAGCAAUGCCUCAGAGGAGAUCGAGGAAUACCUUUGGAUCCAAGUAACUUCGGUAUUGGCUGUUUUUUUCCUUGCAUCAUUUUGUGAUGCUUACGCUGUUUCACUUUUGUACAAAGAUGAAACUUUUCCAUAUGACGGAUUGGAACUGACAGAAAAAGCUGUAUGGAUAGUGAUUAUCAUUACUGUCGCUUGGCGGGUUUGUCACCAGUUUGCAACAAUCAGUACCAAGGUAAAUUCUUCAUUCACUAUGUUAUAA